AAAACAACGCGAAGCGGACAACUAAGUGAGUAUUCUCUAUUUAAUUGAAAUAAAGUGACAAAAUAGUACACAUUAUAUCCAAAUAAAAAUACUUAUAGUGCUCUCCAAGCCCUCGCAUAAAUUGGUAUAAAAUAAACCAAACAAUAUGAAAGACUUAUCGUUUUCUCGGCUCUUUUUUUCGUAGAGCAAUUUUGGCUUUGUUUGUAAAGAAUUUUCAGGCUGUAACCGGUUUUGUGGCUCUCUUGUUGGCAAACAAUAAAAAGAAUCUUAAAGAGAGCCUGAAAUAGCAACGCUAGUUAAAACAUAAACAAAAAACUGGCAAUAACAAAAUAUCGAGAUCCAUAGGGGGAAAUGUGAACACGUGAUUAACAAUUGUUGGAAUUCGCUGAGAAAAUAUUUUCAAAGACAAUUAUGAGUCUGCCACAGCUAAUCGAUGACUUGCAGCGACUUUCCGAGGACCAGGAUAGCGCCGAUCUGGUUUUCAUCUGCGGUCGAGAUGAGCGCAUCAUCUAUGCCCACAGGCUGAUGCUGAUGGCGCGUUGCAUGAGCUUCAAGACGGCCAAGCGUGGCGAGGUCUGCCGCAUUCCCGGAUGCACCGUGUCACCAGCUGCACCUGGAGCCCCCACGCCCACAACUAUACGUCUGCCACAUGUUAAUCCUGAUCUCUUCCGGCAAUUCAUCCUGUAUGUCUACACAGCAAAGUUGGUUCUCCAAGAUUCGCAGGUCUUUCAAAUGAUGAUGAUGGCCCAAGACAUGGGCGUCAUAGAACUGCGCACCGCUUGCGAGGAUCAUGUUAUCUCUACACUCUCUGUGGACAAUGCCUGCACCUUUCUGACCGCAGUAAUGGAUAUCCAUGAGAAAGCAGGGGCCAAGUGCGCGGCAUCCUUCAUGGAGCGGUGCAUUAUUUUCAUAGGGGAGAAUGCCGGAGAGUGCGUCAAGACAAAUGCUUUCCUAACGCUCACCAAGGAAGCCAUCAUCAAGAUCAUCGCCUCCGACUAUUUUUGCUUAGAGGAGGAGGAAGUUUGGCGAUGCGUUUUGGCCUGGGCCAAGUAUCAGGCUGGCGUUACCCAACCGACUGCCCAUUGGACAGAGGAGGAACGUGGACGUGUCUGCCAGCACUUGAGUGGCGUCAUGGGCCAUGUGCGACUGCUGCUGAUAGACAGCCAAGUCUUUGCCGAGGAAGUGGAGCCCACUGGGGCCGUGCCAAUGGAACUGUCCCUCGAACGCUAUCGCUAUGCCGCCCUGCAUGCCAACAAAAUGAUGGAAAACGAUAAGCGGCUGCAGCCUCGCCUCACCGUAGCCGUCAACAUGUUCCCCGGUUCGCAAAUACUUCGCAACGACAAACUGCCACUGCAGAGCAUCCUCAAUGGUUGGUAUGGGGUGCCCAAACAAUCCUGGCGUCUGGUCUAUCGUGCCUCCAGCCACGGCUAUGACUCGAGUGCCUUUCAUCGGUACUGCGACGGGGUCAGCCACUGCAUGGUCAUUGGACUGGGGGCACAUGGAGAGAUUAGCGGAGGCUUCACUGACGUAGCGUGGGCCAAAACAAGUCGUAAAGGUGGAUAUGUGCACUCGGAGAGGGCCUUUCUCUUUGUGCUGAAUCCGUCGAAUGCAGAUCAGCCGUCCAAAUUUGAUAUUGUUAAGAAACCCUAUGCCAUCUGCUAUCAUCCAGAUUGUGGUCCCAUUUUUGGAGCUGGUGCCGAUCUGCUCAUCUCUAGCAAUUGCAAUGUCAACAUGGACUCGUACUCAAAUCUUCCGCAUUCCUACGACGGGCCCAAUGCCGCUCACCUCACGCUCUUUGGGGACUACAACUUCACGAUCACCGACUAUGAGGUGUACACCGUGGCCUCGCCAGGAAGUGGUGUCAGCUGCGGACCCAGUCACAGCCAGAGCCAGAACUUGUCGAGCAAUGGCCAGGCCCCAGGUGUGCCCUCAAAGGCAAAGUUCGAUAGAUACUAGUAGGGAGCGCACAAACGAAUCAAAAGCAGAGACAAAACUUGUAGUUGCAUCAGCUAUGCUUGCUGGCAAUAAAACUAUUUCCUCGAACACA